CCAGCCACCGCCGCGAUGUCGUCGGAGCCUCCACCCGCCUCCGCCACCGCCUCCACGGAGGAGCUCGAGGCCGACCUCUCCGCCGCCACAAUCAGCAAGAAGCAGCUCAACAAGGAGGCCCGGAAGGCCGCCAAGGCCGCCAAGGCCGACAAAGCGGGGAAGGCCGAGAAGCCCCAGGCGGAGGAGGCGGACCCCUUCGCCGCCAACUACGGCGACGUCCCCGUCGAGGAGAUCCAGUCCAAGGCCAUCUCCGGCCGGGCCUGGACCGACGUCGGCGACCUCGACGAGGCCGCCGCGGGCCGCUCCGUGCUCAUCCGCGGAUCCGCGCAGCUCUUCCGCCCCGUCAGCAAGAAGAUGGCCUUCGUCGUCCUGCGCCAGUGCAUGAGCACCGUGCAGUGCGUGCUCGUCGCCAGCGCCGACGCAGGGGUCAGCACGCAGAUGGUGCGAUUCGCAACAUCACUCAGCAAGGAGAGCAUCGUCGACGUCGAGGGCGUCGUGUCCAUCCCCAAGGAGCCACUCAAGGCCACAACACAGCAGGUGGAGAUUCAGGUCAGGAAGGUCUACUGCAUCAACAGGGCGAUCCCCACACUGCCUAUCAACCUCGAGGAUGCAGCCCGCAGUGAAGCAGAAUUUGAGAAGGCUGAGCAGACUGGAGAGAAGCUGGUGCGUGUUCUCCAGGACACACGAUUGAACUAUCGAUCUAUCGACCUGCGCACACCCGCCAAUCAAGCAAUCUUCCGCAUCCAAUCCCAAGUUGAAAACAAAUUCAGAGAAUAUUUGGCCUCGAAGGAUUUCAUUGGGAUCCACAGUCCGAAGUUGAUUUCAGGAUCAAGUGAAGGUGGUGCAGCUGUAUUCAAGCUUCAGUACAAUGGCCAGCCUGCUUGUUUAGCACAAUCUCCGCAGUUGUACAAGCAGAUGGCUAUCUGUGGUGGCUUCGGCCGUGUCUUUGAGGUUGGUCCUGUCUUUAGAGCUGAAAACUCUAACACUCACAGGCAUCUAUGUGAGUUUAUGGGGUUGGAUGCCGAGAUGGAGAUUAAAGAGCACUACUUUGAGGUUUGUGACAUCAUAGAUGGCUUGUUUGUAGCAAUAUUCAAACACUUGAAUGAAAAUUGCAAGAGGGAACUUGAGACAAUAAAUAGGCAGUAUCCAUUUGAGCCGCUGAAGUACCUAGAGAAAACAUUGAAGCUAACAUACGCGGAAGGGAUUCAAAUGUUGAAGGAAGCUGGAACUGAAAUUGAUCCUAUGGGUGACCUCAACACAGAAUCUGAGAAAAAACUUGGCCGCCUUGUUAAGGAGAAGUAUGGCACAGAAUUUUUCAUUCUCUAUCGGUAUCCUUUGGCUGUGCGCCCUUUCUACACCAUGCCUUGCUAUGAUGACCCUGCUUACAGCAACUCGUUCGAUGUCUUCAUUCGAGGCGAGGAAAUUAUUUCUGGAGCCCAAAGAGUGCACACGCCUGAGUUGCUGAGGAAACGUGCAAUUGAGUGUGGAAUUGAUGCGAAUACUAUAUCAUCCUACAUUGAAUCUUUCAGUUAUGGUGCCCCUCCUCAUGGUGGUUUUGGAGUUGGGUUGGAGAGAGUGGUGAUGCUUUUCUGCGCCCUCAACAACAUCAGGAAGACAUCGCUUUUCCCUCGCGACCCGCAGAGACUCACGCCAUAAGUUUCUUUUGCGGGACAGACAAGACUCAUGCCAAAAGUUUCUUUUGCGGGACAGACAGCUUGCGCCCAACGCUUUCACCUUGUUUACCAACCUGCUAGUCAAGUACCAAAUCAACCUAUGCUGGCUUUGACAUAAUGACACUACUAAAUGAGUAGGACAUUCGAUGUGUUUUGGAGCAUGUGGUUUAUUCACUAAGUUUCUAUGGUACAAACUGUGGAUACAACUUAUUCUUAUUGUCAGUUUGCACAAGGUGUAUCACAUUUUUUUUGUGAUG